ACAGUCGCUGUUCGGCGGUCGGGCGGCGUGCAAGUUGUAUGAGGGGUGCUUGAGUUCACUGCGCGGGCGGACUUCAUCUGAACUUUUUCGUACUUCGCGCUCUGAAACGGGACGCUUACCAUUCUCGACUCUCUUGACUUAUUGCGAAUUCUUUGUAGAAAGUGAAACUGAACGAUUGAGUCGUGAUAACAGAAUUGUGUAAGGAUUUCAUGUGAUGAUAAACCGAGUGACUGAGUGGAACGGUUUCAUUUGAAAGUGAAAAAACUUUUUGGACUUGUUUCGAUAUCAGCUCAGUUUUGUAUUUAAAACUGUGGCGUGAUUAUUGAAGCAGUGUCAUAGUUUCCAUUAACGGUAAUUUACAGUCUUGAUUGAAUCAAGAAGUGAUUUGCCGGGGAAACAAACUGUACCACGGAAGAAGAGCCGCUGUUUGAGGAUAGUAAUAUGUCUUCGAAAGCGAAUGUGUUUGUUUAACUCAUUUGACCACAACGCGAGACGUCAAAACAAAUAAAUACUGUGUUAUGGAAAGUGAAUUUAGUGUUAAUGGUGUUAAAAUCGAAUAUUGUGCGCGAUAGUUUCCAAAUGAAGUAUCGAGUGUGACUCUAAUUUGUUUUAGUUGAAGAUCACUUGAAGAAAACUCACAAUGGAGACGGAAGAACUUACGAAACUCGUCGAUGGGAUUUAUAAGAAUAUCCUGGAUAAAUUCAAUCCAGGUGCCCGGCAAAUGAUCACUGCUGGGAAGGCGUAUUUGAAGGCUUUACAUGGCGCAGCCGCAGCAUCUCGUAUGUAUGUAGAUGCGGUGGGCAAGCUGGGGCGGCAGGCACAGCAAGGCACUUGGGGAGGCUGUGCUGAUAUAGGAACCGCUCUUAUGAAGGUCGUCGAGGUGUACCGGGAAAUUCAAGACCAACAAAUGAAUAUCCUGAAGGCGUUCUACGUGGAUUUACUUGUUCCCCUGGAAACUAAUCUCGAGAAAGACACGAAAGUAGUACAGUCUGAACAAAAAAGGUUUCUACAACAACACAAGCUGCGUUCAGAAAGUUACAGUAAAGCCGCUGCAACAAUUAAAAAACAAAGAAAAAAGAAAACAAACGCGACUAAGGUCGGCUCGGCUAUGGAUAAAGAAAUGAAGAGCAUGCAAAUAUUGGAAGAGGAAAAAACAAAGUUGGAUGCAUUUUGUGAGCAAAGUUUAAAGAACGCAAUGACUCAAGAGCGUCGUCGCUAUGGUUUCGUUCUGGAACGUCAAUGCUCGCUAGCGAAGCACUGGUUGGCUUACCAUACAGCUGGCGCCAACGCGUAUACUACUGGCUUGGAAGAGUGGCUGGAAGUUUCCAGAACUAGGGAGUUCCUGCCACCGAAUGUUGAAGCUAUGUUCGUUAGCAGAAUGCGACAAGUCUCAUUCUGGGCAGACGAAGACGUAUACGCCAGCCCGCGGAACGGGGACGACGAUGACCGCGCGUCCGUCGGUUCAGCCUUGCGCAAAACGAGAUCGGUGGACGCGUCCUGCCUUGACGUGCGAUCUAUCGGGGACUUAGGUUCCCCCAGUCAGGGUAUCUCCAGAGCCAAAUCCGAUUUGAAUCUGCAAGCGAGCUUACACGCUUCGGAACAAGGUACAGACUCACGUACGAGCACUCGACCAACGUCACUGGCGCCACCAACUUGCACGUCUCGUGACCCACCGCUGGCCAGGGCUCUAUACGCCUACGCAGCGGCUGGUGACAACCAGCUCAGCUUCCAGCAAGGGGACAUGCUGGCACUGCUGGGAGAUAGAACUAAGGGAUGGCAAUAUGGGGAAAAUCUGCGCACGCAUAGCGCGGGAUGGUUCCCCCUGGCUUAUACUGAACCGAUCAUAAAUGAUGAAGUUAUUGGUAGCUCGCCAGCACGCUGGAGCUGCGCGCAGACGCCGAGCGAGACCCCGCCGCCCGCGCCGCUCGCACACACGCAGGUGUCCUCCACACCGUCAGCACACUCGCACUCGCAUCCAACCACACGCAUGUUCGGGGAUACCGUCACAGCUCACCAUGUUGCUAAGGGUCGUCUCGCACCGACAUCUCCAGGCCUGCCUCCAACAUUACCAGCACCAUCUCCAAGCGCUCUCAGUACUUCAGCCAGCGCUACUUUCCACUCUACACCAUCUGGAGCUGCCGGUGCAAUAAAGAAUUCCACUUCAGCUGCAAGCUUCACGACCCAUGCAGUAAUUGAAACAAGAAGCUUUGGCCCACAAACGUUGCCUUUGCGUUCACAGAUAACGCAGAACAAAGCUCCCGCUAAAACUGUGGUGUCAGCGGUCGGAGCUGUUGGUAACGUUUCUCUGCACAGUUCGAAUGAUUCAGGUUUCUCAAAUGAACCACCUCCACAACCUGAUAUUGAUUAUAGCGAUGAAGAAGCUCAGCGCCUUCGAGUACCUAUCAGUAAAUCUGCCCAUCUCAGCAACGAGCACAAAUCCUAUUUGUUAAAAACGCAAAGUUUAAAACGUGGUCCUAAACAAAAUAACACGAAUAAUGGAUAUUUAACUGAUGACCAACAGCUACUUUUACGCAAUAUGUUAGAUAUGGACAAAGAUUCACAAAAGAUCAAAAGAACCAAAUCAUUCUGGAAAUUUGGGCGUACUACUUCUGAGGAGAUCAUGGAAGGAAUGUCCCUAUGGCAACAUCGAGACAUUGUUGAUACGGUACCCGAGUUUAAGAAAAAAUUGUUUGUUAAAUUGAAAAAAGAACUGAGACCAGCCCCCGAUAUUCCUGAGCCGAGAAAACUCGUAAAAACUGAAAACACGCCACACGUAGAAAAUAUACAACGACCUCAGGAAACUAUUGAUAGGAAAGACAUAAAAAUAAACAACGGUAUGCGGCAAGCGCGGAGUUUAGGCUCUAUCCAAGCUCAUGAAGAGAGGGUUGAAAAAUCAAAGAAAGCUAAUGAGAAUUAUCACCCAACGCAGAUGAAUAAAAAGAGCAUGUCCGAGAAAUCUAUUGUGGAGGAAAAACCAGAAGAAUUUGUUCAGCGAAACGAAUCUCGACAUUCAGACUUGACUAACACGAGCACUAUAAAAACUAAUUUCGAAAAUAGUUUUUACAAUGAUGAAACUGGUGAAGGCUAUGUUAUGAAAACUGUAAAGCGAAGGGAAAUAUUACAAAGAUACGACAAUGAUAGCAGUUCUGAUGUUAAUUCUGUUGCUUCUAGUACUGAUCCAUAUGAUUGUAUAAUUGUAGAUGAUCAUAUGACAUCAAAGAAACGACAAGAAUUAGAUCGCCGUAGACAGGCACAACUGAUGGAGAAAGAAAUAAAAACAAGCAAGGAAAAUGCAUAUAUGCCUGAGUUUGAUGAAAUUGAAAUAACACCAAUAAAACCUCACGUUCGAGCGACAUUACCUGAAAAGAAUAAAAAAUCUUCACAUGAUCGAUCUUCGCCAAAGGCAAUGGAAUUCAAAACGUUCAAGGAUAAUUCUAAGGAAAUUAAAACUUUUUCAGCGUCAUCUGAGACUUUGAAGUACAAAGAUAAUGAAGUUACCGAUAGGUAUGGUAUUCCUAUGGAAAGAAAUAACAAUGAAAUACGCCAGGAAGGUCCAUACAACGGCCAUGAUGAUGGUACACUAAAAUAUAAGAAAAGGUCUAACGAAGAUAAAAAUCGCCCGCAAAAUAAUUUUGAAAACAUGAAAAAUAACAAAGAUUAUCCAAAAGCAGAAGUACGAAACCAAAAGAAAGAUGCAAGGCAAUAUGAGACUCGAGAGCCCAGAAUUGACUAUUCGUUAGAUAGACGACAAGUUAAAAAAGAGUUUACUGACACCAAAAACCACGAAGUGAGAUCUCGAAGUAGAAUAAUUCGGAGUUAUGAUGACAGUUCUUUACAGUAUAAUGGAAGGAAAGAAGAAAGAUUUUAUGACGCUAAUAUAUCUUACUUUAGCGACCAGGAAAGGCGUGCUUCCAGAUAUGAUUAUGAGACAGAUUCAAAAAAAGCCGAAAAAUCAAAGAUGCGACAGGAAGAAGCAAGACUCGAAGGUAGAAGAUUCGCCGACCAAAGAAAUGAAAGUCAGUACAGUGAAUCAGAUGAUCAAAAAUUUAAUGAAGCAUUGAAACAACAAAGACCACAAUUGUUACCCCGUACAAAGUUACUUAAGCGUCCUACCGAGGGACCAGAAUUACCUGAAGACGGUCACACCUUCGGUCCGUGGUACGAUUUAUGGGGCCGAGAAACUGCCAUGUACAAGUAAUUAUAGGCUCCUUUAACGUAAAGGACAAGGGUCCUCAAUGUAUACCAUUCCCCUAAAUUAUCCAUUAAUUAAUUACACUGUGCACGAGUAGUUUGUGGUAGAAGUUUGCUCGUAUUUUAUAUUUUUUUACUUAGUUUGAGUUGUGACUUUUGUCAAUUUUGUAUAUUUUUGUUGUUAAUGUUAACUUUUUGAUAAAAAUUCAUACAGAAAAGGAGACAGUUCACACUUAAGUUGAAAUAUUAACGUUCUUUAAUACCCGAGGUAUUUUUCUAUCUACCAUGUAUCCAAAUAAAGUCUAGUUAUUAUUAAUUUUAAAUAUUGUUAUAGUGUUAUAAUGUAAGGGUUUUUAUUAUGAUCAUAUUGUUUUUGCACAGGCCACAACAAUUUGCAACAGUAAAGCUACGAAAAACUUUAACGAACGAUCGAUCGUCGCCUGCCAUUGAAUAAUGUUUUAUAUAUAUUUUAUUAUUUUGUUAAAAAUAUUAUAUUAUGUAAAUUAAAAUCAUCGUGUAUUUUGUACAGUUAUUCAUAGUUUAAGAAAGAAUAUAUCACAAUUUUUACAAUAA